AUGAACAUCAACUCGCCUUUUUAUAUCCAUACAAAUGCAUCAGUGCCAGCUGUAUGGCAUUAUGCUACAGGUGUAUAUUCUUUAUUAUGUUUAUUAUGUGGUACACUAUCAAAUGGUUUAGUUAUUUUGGUAUUCAUCAGAAAUUCAGUUUUACAACAACCAAAAAAUUUUCUUCUUAUUAAUCUUGCUUUAACUGAUCUUGGAUUAAUUCUUACAAAUACUUCAUUACAUAGCAUUGCAUCAUUUAAUAAAAAAUGGCCAUUUGGACAACAAGGUUGCAGUUUUUAUGGAUUUUGUGGUGGUGUAUGUGGACUUACAUCUAUUGCAACGAUGGCUGCUAUUGCACUGACUCGUUUAGCUGUUGUUAUUGAUCCAUUUAGUUCAUUGAGAUUGACUGAACGUUUUGCAUUAAAAUGUAUUCUAUGUAGUUGGAUAUAUGGUUUAAUAUGGAUGAUUCCACCAUUAUUUGGUUGGAAUCGUUUUGUUUUAGAAGGUUUUGGAACAACUUGUACAUUUGAUUAUAUUUCCAAAGAUUUUUGGAAUCGAUUAUAUAUAAUAACCAUAGUGAUAGGUGGUUUUUUAAUUCCAUUAAUUAUAAUUAUUGUUUCAUAUUCAAUAAUUCUACAUAAACUAUCAAAACGUAGUCAUCAUUUAAUAGAUCAAAAUGUUUAUAAGCAAUCAUUUCCAAUUCAUUUAGAACAGCAAAAUGGUUAUUAUUUUAUUUCAAAUUCACCGAAUUAUGAAACAUAUCGAAAUCGAACAAAAACAUUUUUCGAAUCAAAUGAAACGACUCGAAUGACACAAAUCAUUCGUCAUACAGAAGCUCGUGCUACACGAACUGCAUUAUUAGUACUUUUUAUAUAUUGUAUCGCUUGGGGGCCAUAUGCAUUUAUGACUAUUCUAUCACAAACUGGUUUUGAACAUUACGUCAAUAUGUACACAACAGCAACACUUGGUUUAUUCACAAAAACAGCAGCAUGUAUUAAUCCUUUAGUAUAUGCACUUUCAUCAUCUGGAUUUCGUCGAUAUAUAUGUAUAUAUUCGAAUUUCUUUUAUAAAUGUUAUCUUCGAUCUUAUCCAAUAUCAUCGCCAACUUAUGAUUUCAAUCGAAGAAAUUUAACUAUAACAAUUACUGCUCGACCAACAGCAUCAGUUUGGUCACAACAAUAA